AUGGCGCUUGAAGUCGAUUCUCAAUCGCCGGCCCCUUACGACGAUCUAUUUGACUAUGAUAUCACGCUGGAUGACAUAUUUAAGGGAUCAUCUAACAAAGAGAAUGGAAACACUUCGAACUCUCUCGCACUAGACAACCCAGAGCUAGGAUUGGGCUUGGACGAGGAGGUCAAGGUUACCAAAAAGCGGCAGCCUAUUGCAAAGCUCGAUGAAGGCAGGCUUUUGUCGCAAAAUGGUAUUCCAAGACUACGCCGUACUGCGAAGUCGAAGCUGAAGCUCAAGGGUAAGGGACACGAGUUCUCUGAUGCUGCACGGAUUUUGAAUUUCUACCAGCUCUGGCUUGACGACCUGUUCCCUCGUGCAAAAUUCGCAGACGGUCUCGCCAUGAUCGAAAAGCUCGGACAUUCGAAGCGAUUGCAGACAAUGCGCCGUGAAUGGAUUGACGAAGAGAAGACGAACUUCUCAAAGGAUUUACCAUCUUCAAGUUCACAUCUCACGACCGACUCGCAAAUACAUGAUGAUAUGGUGAUUAGUGGCUUAGAGCAGGCAGGAGAGCGAUCGAUUGACGGUCAUGGCCUUGAUGCACAAGAAUCCCAGGAAAGGAUGCAGCUAGAUUCUUCUACUAUGAGAGAAUCUGGGUCUGUUCCCCCGCACGAUGAGCUUUUUUUACCGCAAGACCACGAGGCACCACAGAUUAACGAGAAACAGGGACGUUCUGCUGAUGGAAAGGAUCACACUCAGACUGGGAUGGAUAUAUCCGCUCCUGAUGAUGACGAGUUAGACGCCCUUUUGAGGGAACAGGAAGAUGACCUUUUGUGA